AUGGAGGACACGAAGCGCCCGGUCUUCGGCGCGGAGGCCGAGCGGAUCGGCACCCGGCUCGAUGAGGCGACCGAUGAGUUCCUCAAGGAGACCAAGAGUUGUCGCGCGCUGCAGAUCCCACCAGGGCAGGAUCAGCUGACAGCCAUGGAGCACCAUGAUCCUUCGGUUCCUUCCCGGGCGAUGGCGCCCAAGCGGAAGAAGCGCGCUGCGGGAAAACCGAAGACCGCAGAACCGGAGCUGCCGCCCGAGCUGCAGGUGUCCAUGGGCUCGGUUGGGGAGCCGGAGAUCAUUGAAGGUUCCAGUGAUGCCGAACUCUCCUCCUACUCCGACGGCGAGAGUGCCAAGAGCGCGGAGGUCUCGGGGCAGGUGAAGGAGAUGCUGAACAAGGUGCAACUGGAGAAGGCACUGGCAGCUGAGCCGGAGAAGCUCAAGAAACCGAAGAAGCCGCGCGUGGUGGAAGAGGCGCCCAAAGCCGGAAGAAGAGAUGGGCAGAUCUACUUGUCUCAGCUGCCGUUCUCCGUCACAGCGGAGGUGUUGAGAGGAGACUUCGAGAAGUUUGGCGCGCUGCGCUUGUUCUACUUCCACCGGGAUGCCGACGGGAAGUUCCUGGGCACGGCCUGCUUGUUCUAUGAAGACCCCGCGGUGGCCGACAAGGUCAUUUUGCUCGAUGGCAUCAACUACAAGGGCCGUUGGAUAAGAGUGCGGCGGCGACAGCCGCGGAACAAGGGGCCGAAGGGAGCAGGCCGUGGAGCAACGACGGGAGAUGGAAAGAUGGAGGAGGAGAUGGUGCCGGGCGCGGAGCCGGGCACGGAGGAGCCGGAUGCUGAGGGUGGAAAGAAGAAGAAGAGAAGACUGAUGAAGGGCAAGAUCGCCACGCUCAGUUGGACCCGUUUCGUCCGAAAGAUCGAUGAUCUUUCGUAUGUGGCCUACCUGGGUAUCAACCUGCAGCUGGAGCCAGAGCUGUCAUGGGUCGCACGAGAGAUGCUGGCAGCUCCUAUGCCGCCGCAGGCGGAGAUGAAGGUGAGCAAGGCGGGCAACCAGACGGACGUGGGUGGAGGUUUUGCUGUGGGGAGAAGUGCCCGAAAGGAGAUGCGAGAUGCGAGCCGCGACCAGUUCUGGGGAGAGUUUUAUGGUGGAAGAGAUGCUGAAUACGAGUCAGCUGGGGUUUGCUACUUCCAUGACCUGAUCAACGACUACUACACCAUUGAGCAUCCCUUGACCCAGAGGUACUUGAAGGUUUUGGAGCGGCAACGGCUGGACCUGCUGUGCUUGCGCACGAAGCCGCAGCUUGGAGCGCUUGUUCCAGGGCAGGGAGCAAUGGUGCGCUUGGCAGUGGUGCUUCUCGGCAUAUUGGGCUCAACGGCGCAAGAGCUUUGUCUUGAUGAUGGUGUGCCAGAAAGCCAGCGAGUGUACAUCCAGGAACGGGGAGGUGGAUCCUACAGGUGGGUGGGAAUGGAGCUAGUCCCGGCCUUGGCCGGAUGCACCGACUUCAAUGACGCCAGAAGGACGACGAUCCAUGUCAGCAUGGACUCCUGGAUUGGAUCAUAUAGUUCUAUGCAGAACUCCUUCGCGGCAGAGUAUCCACAGAUUGCUGCGGAGGAUUUGGGCAGUAUGGGCUAUUCGGGCCAGCAAUCGAUCUUUGUCAGCCAGGCCGUGCAUACUGCCGCCAGGAAAUACUUCGAUUCAGUUCACGAUGUGGACUUGUCAGAGUUGGCGAUGUGCAACGUGACAGACAUGAUCAACAACAAUAUGAUGAAGGAUUAUUUGAAUUAUUCCAGGGAUACUGAGGGGGUCGAGCUCCAGGUUGUGGGUUGGCCAUCUGUCGAUGAGGAUCAUACCACGCUGGAGCAUAUGGCUCGCAUCAGGGCGGCCACGCUCUCUGACCGAUAUCGCUGCGAAUAG